CGCCCAAUGCUCAUGUCAUUCCACUUAUUGUAGGGGACUCCGCUUUCGCAACCCCGCCAGUACACAUAAAAAGGCUAUUGCUACUGAAGCCAGCAGCUCUUGGAUUGCAAGGCUUCAUCUAUUACUUUUUGCUCUCCAGCAUGGAAACUCGACUGCAGUCCAACUUGGGGCCAUUGCCGAUGGUCAAUGGCGGCCCAGUGGGCUCUUCAAAAAGUAAUUGGGUCGUACAAAAGUUCGGAGGUACAAGUGUGGGCAAGUUCGCCCUUGACAUUAUCGAUCAAGUUGUUCUCCCGAGUCUUUUAGAUCACAGCGUGGCAAUAGUAUGCUCUGCAAGAAGUAGCUCUACCAAGGCUGAAGGUACCACAAACCGGCUAUUACGCGCCGCGAGGGACGCAGAGAAUGCUGAAUCUAAAACCUACGUCUCCUUAGUCGAGGCGGUCCGAUUGGAACAUGUUCAAGUAGUCGAGAAUCAAAUCCAGUCACAGGAUCUGAAGCCUCGAUUGGUUGCAGAGAUUAACAAUGAAUGUGAAAAGGUUCUGAAGGUCUUGGAGGCUGCUCAGACGCUUGGGGAGAUCAGUGCCCGCUGUGUGGAUAAGGUGAUGAGCACUGGAGAGAAGCUUAGCUGCCGACUUAUGGCGGCUUUUCUCCAAGAUCGAGGGGUGGAUUCGGAAUAUGUGGAUUUGGCUGAGGUUGUUGAUUUUGCCAUUUCAACACAGGGUUUGGACCAGGAAUUUUACAAUAAUCUCGCCGGCGCCCUCGGUAGAAAGAUUCAAGCUUGCGAGGGCAAAGUUCCUGUCGUAACUGGGUUCUUUGGCACUAUUCCAGGCGGUCUUCUUGAUCAAAUAGGGCGAGGCUAUACAGAUCUUUGUGCCGCUCUGGUCGCUGUUGGGAUACAUGCCAAAGAACUACAGGUAUGGAAGGAAGUUGACGGAAUAUUCACAGCAGAUCCCCGGAAAGUGCCAACUGCACGUCUUCUACCAGCAAUUACACCUGCAGAGGCUGCUGAACUGACAUUUUAUGGCUCAGAGGUCAUUCAUCCGUUCACCAUGGAGCAAGUCAUCCGUGCGAAAAUUCCCAUUCGCAUAAAAAAUGUCAUGAACCCGAGAGGCGAUGGCACUGUGAUUUUUCCUGAUUCGAGUUUUGAAUUGGAGAAGACAACCCCAGGGCAUGACCCGAGAUUAUUCCGCACGCGCAGCCCAAGUCUUGUGCAGAGGCCGAAGCGUCCUACCGCUGUAACCAUCAAGCACAAGAUCCUCGUGAUUAAUGUUCACUCGAACAAGCGCUCCCUGUCACAUGGGUUUUUUGCCGGCAUAUUUUCUGUCCUUGACCGAUGGAGGCUCUCGAUCGAUCUGAUCUCUACUAGUGAGGUGCAUGUAUCCAUGGCUCUUCAUUCGGAACUACCCCUCCUUAAUGGGGUUGGGAGGGAUGAAUAUCAAAUCAUCGACGAGGAUUUAAGAGGCGCAUUACGCGACUUGCAAAAAUACGGGACCGUCGAUAUUAUUCCCGAGAUGGCCAUUCUGAGCCUUGUUGGGAAGCAGAUGAAGAACAUGAUUGGCGUCGCCGGGCGGAUGUUCACAACUCUUGGGGAAAACAAUGUGAACAUCGAGAUGAUCUCCCAAGGUGCGAGCGAAAUCAACAUAUCAUGCGUUAUUGAAGAAAGAGACGCAGACCGUGCUUUAAACAUUAUUCAUACAAGCAUGUUCACAUUUCUAGACUAGCCCUCCCUUUCCCGUGUCCCCUUCUCAUUGUUAUACCCACUCUUUCUCCUCUUUUGGGGCCUUCUACUGUUCCGGUUUCAACGGGGGUCUCUCAUGUUCCAGGAUACCCCAAAGCAAGUCUAUUUGACUCAUUUAGACAACAUCUUUCGGGUCCACUUGUAAUUUGGACAUUCGCCUAUGCGCCGUGCAUUGUUCUCUGUAUUGAUAUUAUUUUCACUCUGCUUUCUGGAUAGAUUUCAUUUAUCUCUGUUUCUUUGGCGUUGGUCAUCUCUAUCG